GACAGCGAACCCGUCAUAGUGGUCAUCAUGGAUCUGUAUGACCCUCAGACGCUAGGCAUCAUGGUAUUUGGAGGCUUCAUGGUCAUCUCAGCGCUCGGCAUCGUCCUGGUCUCCACCUUCUCCAUGAAGGUAGCCUAACUGUUGUUGUUAAUAUAAUAAUCUUAAUAUAUACCAUUUUAGCAGAUGCUUUUAUCCAAAGCGACUCAGUCAUGCAUGCAUACUUUUCUUAUGGGGUGGCCCCAGCAGGAAUCGAACCCACAACGCUGGCAUUGCAAGCACCAUGCUCUUCCAACUGAGACACACAGUUGUUGUCGUCGUGUUGAUCAUGUCUUACGUUAACUGUUAUAUGUUGUCUCAUUCUUCUCCAUGAAGGAGACCUCGUAUGAGGAGGCUCUGGCCCAGCAGCGUAGAGAGCUGGGCAAGAUGGCUCCUCCUGGCCAACUGACCAAGAAGGACAAGAAGAAGGACAAGGUAAAACGAGACAAAACACACCGCUACCCAAAAUUCCUUUUUGUGGAGUUACUCUAGCUGUGUGUGUGUGAUUUUGUAGUGUACAUACUGUAGCACAUUGUGAUUUGUCAUAUAAUGUAAAAGUGUGUUCUAAAUCAAAUCUAUUAUUCUAAUCAUCUAAGGCGUCUGAGAAGAAGAACCGUGGUAAGAAGAAGGAAGACAAGCCCAAUGGGAAGCUGCCAGAAUCGGAACCAGAGGAGGACCAAGUGGCCGAGCCUGAGCCGGAACCAACCCCAGCCCCAGAAAGAGUCGCUGCUCCUGCUCCUGCCCCUGCCCCUGAACCAACCCCUGCCCCUGCUCCAGCUCCCACCGCUGUAGAGGCCCCACCUGCCCCUGCACCGAAGAAGAAGAAGGAGAAGAAGGUGGCUAAGGUAGAGCCAGCCCAGGCACCCACCACCCUGGCUGCCUCAGCCCCUACCCCCAUGGCCCCCUCCAAGCCUGCCCCAGUCCUGGAGGCUGUCACCAAGGAGGUCCCUGUGAUGGCAGUGCCCCCAGUGGGCUCCCAGCAGACUGCAGCCAAGGCUCAGGAGGCCAAGGCUCAGGAGGCCAAGGCUCAGGAGGCCAAGGCUCAGGAGGCCAAGGCUCAGGAGGCCAAGGCUCAGCAGGCCAAGGCUCAGCAGACCAAGGCUCAGCAGACCAAGGCUCAGGACCCUUCUAAGAAGAAGGCAUCAAUGAAGAAAAAGGCUGAGCCUGGUAAGGAAGCUUUGUCUAAUUUUGAUGUAUUUCAAUCAUUUUACAUCAUAUUUAUUAUUUCACAUAGAUAGAGAGCAACACAACUGUUGAUAAAAUAUAGUUAGUUUUUCGGUAGUUUGUCAUUUUUUUCCAGAAGUGGGGUUACACGUACAGGUAUAACAUUCAAAGUCAUAUUCAUAUAUUCAGUUAUCAUAUUUGCAUUUGAUAUUUUCUUGUACCUGUUGGCUGUCACUCUAAAUAAAAAGUACAAAUAAGGAACGGAGAAAUGCAUACAAAGAUAAAGACCAGUAUCAACUGUUUUUAAAUGUUUUGUUUGCAAGGAAAAUAACCAAAAAAGGCUUCCCAUUUCCACCCAGCCUUAUCCUCUCUCCCCAGCCUUAUCCUCUCUCCCCAGCCUUAUCCUCUCUCCCCACCCGGAAACCUGCUCCCUAGCAGUGCUGCCUGCCAGAAGUAAUCUUCUCUGAUUCAUUCAGAGACUCUAGGGGCUAUCAUCAUUAAGCAAACUAAUGGUUGGGGAGCAUUGAAUAUUUACAUUAAUGCUCUAUGAAAUGAAUUGUCUUUGUCCCAAAAACAUUUUACUGCAGGGCACUCCUACCUCAUAUGUAGGAAUGUGCCUACCUGAUUUAGGAGACUCAGUAAAGAUUUGGAAAUUGAGGCCAAGUUCAUUUAUAAAACGUUUCUUGGGUGUUAGAUAAAUUCUGUGAUCAAAGUUGAAAUGAAUAAGUUGAUGGUCCAGAUUACGGGAUGCCAAGGUAAUAUUUUUCUAUAUUCUGGUCCAGUUAAAGAAUUAUUCAGUUACAUUUAGAUCUGUGGGCCAUACUUUUUUAAUGGCUAGCUCGGAGUAUGAGCUUUCCAAUAGUUGUUUAUAUGUUACAGAGAUAAGUCCUUUCGGGAGACCAGAUAAUCUGUUUACAAAUUCCAUCAUUGGACGGGUCGACAGCUGGUUUUCCCAUGGAACUCCAUAGGCCAGCAUAGUUGAACAAUGUGUGAGAUAAAGAAAAAAUAAUAAUGCUUCUUUCAGAUCUUGGAAUGUCUUCAAAUCAUUACUAUCCAUGAUAUCGGCAAGGGUACGGAUACCGCAUUUGGACCAUUUUGGCAAUGUGAAAGGCCGUCCUCCUGAUCGCAAGGAAUUAUUGAUAAAUAUUGGAGUCUGGGCAUGCCAUUUAGUGUCCUAGUUGCAUAGUUUUUUCCAUUUUGCAGCAAAUAGAAAUAGUUUGAGCAAUAAUCGGGACAAAGCAUAGUUUGUUUAAGAGAUGUCAAUGAACACACCUUCUUCCAGUUCCAUUUCUAACUAGUAAGCUAUUUGAUUUAGAGAGAAAUGUUUCUUAAUUUUUUGGAAUGGAUUGGAAAUUGAAUAUUAUUUAUUUACUCUAAGUUUAGUGUUUCUUAUCUAAGAUUAUAAACUGGGUAGUUUGGCUCCUGGAUGCUGAUUGACUGAAAGCUGUGGUAUAUUUAAGCAAUAAGGCCCGAGGGGGUGUGGUAUAUGGCCAAUAUAUCGAGGCUAAAGGCUGUUCUUACGCACAACUCAAUGCGGAGUGCCUGGACACAGCCUUUAGCUGUGGUAUAUUGGCCAUAUACCACAAACCCCUGAGGUGCCUUAUUGCUAUUAUAAAAUGGUUACCAACGUAAUUAGAAGAGUAAAAAUACAUGUUUUGUCAUACCCGUGGUAUACGGUCUGAUGAUGCCACGGCUGUCAGCCAAUCAGCAUUCAGGGCUCGAACCAACCAGUUUAUAUCAGACAUUAUAAACUGUGUGGUUUGAGCCCUGAAUGCUGAUUGGCUGAAAGCCGUGGUAUAGUGGCCAUAUGCCACACCCCUCGGGCCUUAUUGCUUAAAUAUACUGCGGGUAUGAUGCAAAACUACUUGUUUACUGUUCUAACUAUGUAGGUAACCAGUUUAUAGUAGCAAUAAGGCACCUCAGGGUUUUGUGAUAUAUGGCCAAUAUACCACACCUCCUCGGGGCUUAUUGCUUAAUUAUAUAAUAGGCCGGACUAUAUAAUGUAGCCUAUCUGCAGAGAGACGUGUGCUCCUAUACUGCAGAGCAAAGCUGAGUUGUUUUCUCCGUGGUGGACUGAUUUAGAAUGAGGAAUUAGUGUGCUCAGCUGAAAAGUUUGUAGUAACACAAGUGUUUGGGUGCCGGGUUCAAAUGGCAUACACUGGAAGAAAGGAAAAACCCGCACUCACUGAAAUAUUAUUUUAAGUUUUCAUGUCUUUUUUUUAGCAGCAUAGGUCAGAGCAAACGGACGCGUUUCGGAGGCAGCUGACGAAGGCUGCCGUGGUGGACUCUGAUCUUAGUCAGACUAACAGGGUGUGGUCUGGUCGAAAGACUACUAGCGCACACAUUAUGCAGGACAUGUUCAAGGCCUCUGUGUGUGUUGGGUUAUGUGUGUGUGCGUGCCACCAAACAGAGUAGGUCUUCAAAGAAAAGCUUCCCUCAUUCUGUGUACCAGAUACUACAGCUGCUACAAGGCCCUUGGGUCAUAACAGGACCACAAGGACAGUAGUUUAUCCUAGGGUUGUAAAAUUCCAGGAACUUUCAAUAAAUUCCCUGGUUUUCCCGAAAUCCCGGAAGGCCUAAUUAUAUAAGCCUAAGCCCAAAUGCUCACAUAGUAAAUACUAUAUAUUUUUGAUUGAUCAUUUGACUGAUUUGUUAUAUUUGGGAGUCUGGAAAUGAUAAACUUGUUCUGUCUGUACAUGUCAUGAUGCCAUCCUUCCUUAUAUGGGUCGUGUUGAGUGACUGACAGACAGACCAACACAGGAAGGGAGGUAACUGCUAGCUAGGCUGUUAAAAACAUCUCUUUCCGUUUUAAUGAAUGGAAAUGGUAGUCUAGGCAGGAAAUACUUUAGCCAUAACACAAGCACUACUGUAGCACGCUUACUACUGCGAUGACAACCUGUCUGAGGCUGGUGUGUGUGUGUGUGUUAUCAAUUCUCGGAGUCUGUUGUUGGUUGCAGUGGCGCCCUCCUGCUCAGUGUGCGUGUGCACAUGUGCGUGUGUGCACAUCACUGGACCUGUUGUGCUCUAUGACAAAGCCUCUCAGUAACCCAGACAAUAGGGGGUUCUCUGGUGCCACGGGGGCUGUGUCUGCCUGGUACCACUCUGCCCUCUCAGCCAGGGGUUCAGCUGCCCAGUUCUCACCCACUCUGCCCUGAGCCAUGAUAAUUUACUCAGUCUUAUGAUGACAGACAUAUUAAGCAUAUUUGACAUAUUUAGCCUUCAUUUAUUGCCUUUUACCCCUCCAACAUCCCACCAAGACAACUGAGUUCUGCCAAAUAUCAGUCAAACCUAAUAGAAUAGAAUGCCCAAGGUUGCCCACAGUGCCCAGUCUGUGGGGGAAGUUCCCUCCCCUGUUACUGACCCGGCCCUAGCCUGGUGGCAGUGUGAGAACCCACAAUCUUACGAUGGCAGACAAACUGUAUCAGACAGUAGGAAUAUUCCACAUGGCCUUUUACCCCGUAACUUCCCAAGUUCUGCCAACAUUGUAUUCCUGUGCACAGUAACUGCCCUUUUGGUGAGUGCUGUUCUCAGUAGGGAAUUAUGUUUUAUUAAUAGCUAUGUUUUCCUCUCCUUACCUGUAGCAGCUGACUCUCUGGAUGCUUGUAAUAAUAUCUCUCUCUCUCUCUCUCUUUCUCUCGCUCUCUCUGUCUGUCUCACUCUCUCUCUCUCUUUCUCUCUCUCUCUCUUUCUCUCGCUCUGUCUGUCUGUCUGUCUGUCUCUCUGUCUGUCUGUCUCUCUGUCUCUCUGUCUCUGUCUCUGUUUAGCCAUAGCAGUGGACUCUGGUCUGGAUGCACCCCUGUACCUGCCCUACAGGGCCCUGGUCUCUACCGUUAGCAGUAUGGUGUUCAGUGAGGGAGAGGCCCAGCGCCUCAUACAGAUCCUCUCUGACAAGGCUGGCAUCAGACAAGACACCUGGCACAUGGUGCGACCCGUGGCGGGGGUUGGGAGAUACUGUUGGGGGGGGGGGUGACACAUGUCAGUCUGGGGGUGGAGGGGGAUGAUAUGACCCAGAAUGGGAUGGGAGAAAUCACUCUGGGGGGGGGUUUGGGAGGACAUCAUGCAUGACAUCAUGGUACGACCCGGGAUGGGGGAUACCAUUGUGGGGUUGACACAUGUAAGGUUUGAGGUGGAGGGUAGGAAAUCCGGCAGGGCAUAUAGUACAAUCUGGUCAGGACUGGAUGGGAGAUGUCAUUCGAGGGGGUUGGAGUGGGGGGGCGGCGUGGUAUGGGACGGGAGAAACCACUGGGAGGGGUGGUGACACUGACACACGUCAAGCAUGAGGAGGAUGGGUCAUUGGUCAGACACUCACACACACACUACAGAUGUUGAUAUUGAUUGUGACUAACUUCCUGUGUGUGUGCGUGCGCUACUCAGGCUACUCAGAAGGGCGACCCAGUGGCUAACUUCCUGUGUGUGUGCGUGCGCUACUCAGGCUACUCAGAAGGGCGACCCAGUGGCUGUGAUGAAGAAACAGUUAGAGGAGAAUCAGAAACAGCUGGCAACUCAGCAAGAGGACGCCACCGCAGCCAAGAACAGACUGAGGGAACUCACCAAGGUAACACACACAUAUAUACACACUGAGACACACACACACACACACACACACAGUCUUGCGCAGCUAACCAGUCCCCAAAAUCCUAUUUUCCCUAACCCGUACUCUUACCCUAACCCCUAACACUAAUUCUAACCUUAACCCUAAACCCCCAAGAAAUACAGUGGUGGGAAAAAAGUAUUUAGUCAGCCACCAAUUGUGCAAGUUCUCCCACUUAAAAAGAUGAGAGAGGCCUGUAAUUUUCAUCAUAGGUACACGUCAACUAUGACAGACAAAUUGAGGGAAAAAAAUCCAGAAAAUCACAUUGUAGGAUUUUUAAUGAAUUUAUUUGCAAAUUAUGGUGGAAAAUAAGUAUUUGGUCACCUACAAACAAGCAAGAUUUCUGGCUCUCACAGACCUGUAACUUCUUCUUUAAGAGGCUCCUCUGUCCUCCACUUGUUACCUGUAUUAAUGGCACCUGUUUGAACUUGUUAUCAGUAUAAAAGACACCUGUCCACAACCUCAAACAGUCACACUCCAAACUCCACUAUGGCCAAGACCAAAGAGCUGUCAAAGGACACCAGAAACAAAAUUGUAGACCUGCACCAGGCUGGGAAGACUGAAUCUGCAAUAGGUAAGCAGCUUGGUUUGAAGAAAUCAACUGUGGGAGCAAUUAUUAGGAAAUGGAAGACAUACAAGACCACUGAUAAUCUCCCUCGAUCUGGGGCUCCACGCAAGAUCUCACCCCGUGGGGUCAAAAUGAUCACAAGAACGGUGAGCAAAAAUCCCAGAACCACACGGGGGGACCUAGUGAAUGACCUGCAGAGAGCUGGGACCAAAGUAACAAAGCCUACCAUCAGUAACACACUACGCCGCCAGGGACUCAAAUCCUGCAGUGCAAGACGUGUCCCCCUGCUUAAGCCAGUACAUGUCCAGGCCCGUCUGAAGUUUGCUAGAGUGCAUUUGGAUGAUCCAGAAGAGGAUUGGGAGAAUGUCAUAUGGUCAGAUGAAACCAAAAUAGAACUUUUUGGUAAAAACUCAACUCGUCGUGUUUGGAGGACAAAGAAUGCUGAGUUGCAUCCAAAGAACACCAUACCUACUGUGAAGCAUGGGGGUGGAAACAUCAUGCUUUGGGGCUGUUUUUCUGCAAAGGGACUAGGACGACUGAUCCGUGUAAAGGAAAGAAUGAAUGGGGCCAUGUAUCGUGAGAUUUUGAGUGAAAACCUCCUUCCAUCAGCAAGGGCCUUGAAGAUGAAACGUGGCUGGGUCUUUCAGCAUGACAAUGAUCCCAAACACACCGCCCGGGCAACGAAGGAGUGGCUUCGUAAGAAGCAUUUCAAGGUCCUGGAGUGGCCUAGCCAGUCUCCAGAUCUCAACCCCAUAGAAAAUCUUUGGAGGGAGUUGAAAGUCCGUGUGGCCCAGCGACAGCCCCAAAACAUCACUGCUCUAGAGGAGAUCUGCAUGGAGGAAUGGGCCAAAAUACCAGCAACAGUGUGUGAAAACCUUGUGAAGACUUACAGAAAACAUUUGACCUGUGUCAUUGCCAACAAAGGGUAUAUAACAAAGUAUUGAGAAACUUUUGUUAUUGACCAAAUACUUAUUUUCCACCAUAAUUUGCAAAUAAAUUCAUUAAAAAUCCUACAAUGUGAUUUUCUGGAUAGUUUUUUCUCAUUUUGUCUGUCAUAGUUGACGUGUACCUAUGAUGAAAAUUACAGGCCUCUCUCAUCUUUUUAAGUGGGAGAACUUGCACAAUUGGUGGCUGACUAAAUACUUUUUUUCCCCACUGUAGCAUUUGACCUUGUGGGGACCAACAAAAUGUCCCCAGUUGGUCAAAUUCUUUCUUGGUUAACACGUCCACUAAGACACACACACACACACACACACACACACACACACACACACACACACACACACACACACCACACACACACACUGAGACCCACACACACACCACACCACACUGAGACCCACACACACACAAUGAGCAGGAGGGCGCCACUGCAGCCAAGAACAGACUCGGAGAACUCACCAGGGUAAAACACACAUUUACAUACAUUGAGAAUGUCUCUGAAAAUACGACUUAUUUAACCACAUAACUAGAACUCCCCCCCCCCCCCCCCCCCCCCCCCCCCAAUUGAAAAAUUGUUUACCACUGGUGUCUGUAUGUAGGAGCCAGGGUUGGGGUAAAUUCGAAUUGAAGUCAGUCAAUUCAGGAAGUGAUUUUUCAAUUAGAAAAUUGUGAAUUUCACAUGAAAUAUUUUAAUCAUUGAAUUACUUCCUGAAUUGACCCCAGCCUUUCUGACAGUCUGUAUCUCUCCUCCUUCUGUAGGAGCUGUCUUCUGAGAAGUCCAAGGUGGCCAGUGUAGAAACCAGGCUGAGUUCCCAGCUCUCGUCCAGGGAGCAGGAGAUGAUCGCUCUGCAGGCUCGUAUGCAGGCCUCCUACCAGGACCACGUAGCCCAGACACAGAAACUCAACGCCAAGGUACUAUAUGUAGAAUAGAAUGCAGGUCUGUCUCUGUCUGUCAGCUUCUGUGUCUUUCUCUCAUUUGAAUUGAGUGUACUUUAUUGGAUUUAAAUUAGUAAUGUAAAGAUUUCCAAAGCAUUCAAAAACUUUAAGUCAAAGUCCCUCCCUACUCUCAGGUCGUCAGUCUUCAGGAGCAGUUGGAGUCAGGUCCCACCGCCCAGCUGGCUUGUCUGCAGCAAGAGAACUCCAUCCUCAGAGAUGCCUUGAACCAGGCCACCAGCCAGGCAGAAAGCAAGUAGGUGUCUGUUCCUACCCUAACCCCUAACCUUGAACCAGGCCACCAGCCAGGCAGAAAGCAAGUAGGUGUCUGUUCCUACCCUAACCCCUAACCUUGAACCAGGCCACCAGCCAGGCAGAAAGCAAGUAGGUGUCUGUUCCUACCCUAACCCCUAACCUUGAACCAGGUCACCAGUCAGGCAGAGAGCAAGUAGGUGUCUGUUCCUACCCUAACCCCUAACCAGGUCACCAGUCAGGCAGAGAGCAAGUAGGUGUCUGUUCCUAUCCUAACCCCUAACCUUGAACCAGGCCACCAGCCAGGCAGAAAGCAAGUAGGUGUCUGUUCCUACCCUAACCCCUAACCUUGAACCAGGUCACCAGUCAGGCAGAGAGCAAGUAGGUGUCUGUUCCUAUCCUAACCCCUAACCUUGAACCAGGCCACCAGCCAGGCAGAGAGCAAGUAGGUAGCUCCCUCUGUCCCCGGCCCCUGUCCCAAAACAUUUUAGUAUUUGCCACUACGAAGAAUAUGUUUGAGAGAGGGACAGAAUCAGGUGUUUUGAGAGUGCAGAUGUAAAUGCGUAUGGAACACAGUAUGUUAGGAUUACUAGGUCUAGGAUUAGUGUGUCUGACAGAGAGACUGUCUACUGUGAAGCCUGCUCUGAGGUACACUACAAAGUAUGUGGACACCCCUUCAAUUUAGUGGAUUCUGCUAUUUCAGCCACACCCGUUGCUGACGGGUGUAUAAAAUCGAGCACACAGUCAUGCAAUCUCCAUAGACAAACAUUGGCAGUAGAAUGGCCUUACUGAAGAGCUCAGUGACUUUCAACGGGGCACUGUCAUAGGAUGCCACCAUUCCAACAAGUCAGUUCGUCAAAUUUCUGUCCUGCUAGAGCUGCCCCAGUCAACUGUAAGUGCUGUUAUUGUGAAGUGGAAAUGUCUAGGAGCAACAACGGCUCAGCCGUGAAGUGGUAGGCCACAAGCUCACAGAACGGGACCGCCGAGUGCUGAAGCGCGUAGCACGUAAAAAUCGUCUGUCCUCGGUUGCAACACUCACUACCAAGUUCCAAACUGCCUCUGGAAGCAAUGUCAGCACAAGAACUGUUCAUCGGGAGCUUCAUUAAAUGGGUUUCCAUGGCCGAGCAGCCGCACACAAGCCUAAGAUCACCAUGCAUAAUGCCAAGCGUUGGCUGGAGUGGUGUAAAGCUCGCCGCCAUUGGACUCUGGAGCAGUGGAAACACGUUCUCUGGAGUGAUGAAUCACGCUUCAACAUCUGGCAGUCCGACGGAUGAAUCUGGGUUUGGCAGAUGCCAGGAGAACGCUACCUGCCCGAGUGCAUAGUGCCAACUAAAGUUUGGUGGAGGAGAAUAAUGGUCUGGGGCUGUUUUUCAUGGUUCAGGCUAGGCCCCUUAGUUCCAGUGAAGGGAAAUCUUAACGCUACAGCAUACAAUUACAUUCUAGACGAUUCUGUGCUUCUAACUUUGUGGCAACAGUUUGGGGAAGGCCCUUUCCUGUUUCACCAUGACAAUGCCCCCGUUCAAAAAGCGAGGUCCAUACAGAAAUGGUUUAUCAAGAUCGGUGUGGAAGAACUUGACUGGCCUGCACAGAGCCCUGACCUCAACCCCAUUGAACACCUUUGGGAUGAAUUGGAACGCUGACUGCGAGCCAGGCCUAAUCGCCCAACAUCAGUGGCCGACCUCACUAAUCCUCUUGUGGCUGAAUGGAAGCAAGUCCCAGCUGCAAUGUUCCAACGUCUAGUGGAAAGCCUUCCCAGAAGAGUGGAGGCUGUUAUAGCAGCAAAGGGGGGACCAACUCCAUAUUAAUGCCCAUGAUUUUGUAAUGAGAUGUUCGACGAGCAAUGAGAUGUUCGACGAGCAGGUGUCCACAUACUUUUAGCCAUGUAGUGUAUUUUCCUGACUGACCUGGCCUCCCUCUCUCUUCUCUCUUCAGACAGAAUGCAGAGCUGGCCAAGCUGAGACAGGACUGUGCCAGACUGACCAAGGAGCUGGGGGAGAAGAGUGAGAGCCUCCAGGCUGAUGAGAACGUCAAGAGAGGGCUGGAGACUAAGGUGUCUUCUGUAGAGAAACAACUUUCUCUGCUACAGGUAGGACUGACACACACACAGACACGGACACACACGGACGGACACGGACACACAUGGACGGACACGGACACACAUGGACAUGGACACACACGGACACAGACACAGACGGACAUGGACGGACACAGACACACACACACGUUCAGACUAAUGACAACAUCUGGAGAGGGCUGGAGGCUAAGGUCUCCGACUAAGAACUGGCCCUGCUGCAGGUCAGUAGAAUCAAGGGGGGAGAAGUCAUUAGCCCCCCAAAACAUCACAACAACCCCCCUAAAAAACAGAUUUGGCUUUCUAAUACAAUGUCUUAACCUACAGUGAGGGGAAAAAAGUAUUUGAUCCCCUGCUGAAUUUGUCCGUUUGCCCACUGACAAAGACAAGAUCAGUCUAUAAUUUUAAUGGUAGGUUUAUUUGAACAGUGAGAGACAGAAUAACAACAACAAAAAUCCAGAAAAACGAAUGUCAAAAAUGUUAUAAAUUGAUUUGCAUUUUAAUGAGGGAAAUAAGUAUUUGACCCCUCUGCAAAACAUGACUUAGUACUUGGUGGCAAAACCCUUGUUGGCAAUCACAGAGGUCAGACGUUUCUUGUAGUUGGCCACCAGGUUUGCACACAUCUCAGGAGGGAUUUUGUCCCACUCCUCUUUGCAGAUCUUCUCCAAGUCAUUAAGGUUUCGAGCCUGACGUUUGGCAACACGAACCUUCAGCUCCCUCCACAGAUUGUGCUUCUUCUUGAGCCACUCCUUUGUUGCCUUGGCCGUGUGUUUUGGGUCAUUGUCAUGCUGGAAUACCCAUCCACGACCCAUUUUCAAUGCCCUGGCUGAGGGAAGGAGGUUCUCACCCAAGAUUUGACGGUACAUGGCCCCGUCCAUCGUCCCUUUGAUGCAGUGAAGUUGUCCUGUCCUCUUAGCAGAAAAACACCCCCAAAGCAUAAUGUUUCCACCUCCAUGUUUGACGGUGGGGAUUGUGUUCUUGGGGUCAUAGGCAGCAGUUCUCCUCCUCCAAACACGGCGAGUUGAGUUGAUGCCAAAGAGCUCGAUUUUGGUCUCAUCUGACCACAACACUUUCACCCAGUUCUCCUCUGGAUCAUUCAGAUGGUCAUUGGAAAACUUCAGACGGGCCUGUAUAUGUGCUUUCUUGAGCAGGGGGACCUUGCGGGCGCUGCAGGAUUUCAGUCCUUCACGGCGUAGUGUGUUACCAAUUGUUUUCUUGGUGACUAUGGUCCCAGCUGCCUUGAGAUCAUUGACAAGAUCCUCCUGUGUAGUUCUGGGCUGAUUCUUCACCGUUCUCAUGAUCAUUGCAACUCCACGAGGUGAGAUCUUGCAUGGAGCCCCAGGCAGAGGGAGAUUGACAGUCCUUUUGUUUCUUCCAUUUGCGAAUAAUCGCACCAACUGUUGUCAUCUUCUCACCAAGCUGCUUGGCGAUGGUCUUGUAGCCCAUUCCAGCCUUGUGUAGGUCUACAAUCUUGUCCCUGACAUCCUUGGAGAGCUCUUUGGUCUUGGCCAUGGUGGAGAGUUUGGAAUCUGAUUGAUUGAUUGCUUCUGUGGACAGGUGUCUUUUAUACAGGUAACAAGAUGAGAUUAGGAGCACUCCCUUUAAGAUUGUGCUCCUAAUCUCAGCUCGUUACCUGUCUAAAAGACACCUGGGAGCCAGAAAUCUUUCUGAUUGAGAGGGGGUCAAAUACUUAUUUCCCUUAUUAAAAUGCAAAUCAAUUUAUAACAUUUUUGACAUACGUUCUUCUGGAUUUUUUUGUUAUUCUGUCUCUCACUGUUCAAAUAAACCUACCAUUAAAAUUAUAGACUGAUCAUUUCUUUGUCAGUGGGCAAACUUACAAAAUCAGCAGGGGAUCAAAUACUUUUUUCCCUCACUGUAUAUGUUUUUAUUUAUCAGGGAUCUUGACAACAUAAGUAUUGCACCAGAUUUAGCUAGUCUGUUGUGUGAUCUAGGAAAAUGAGGAAUUCCAAUACAGUGGGGGAAAAAAGUAUUUAGUCAGCCACCAAUUGUGCAAGUUCUCCCACUUAAAAAGAUGAGAGAGGCCUGUAAUUUUCAUCAUAGGUACACGUCAACUAUGACAGACAAAAUGAGAAAAAAAUCCAGAAAAUCACAUUGUAGGAUUUUUAAUGAAUUUAUUUGCAAAUUAUGGUGGAAAAUAAGUAUUUGGUCAAUAACAAAAGUUUCUCAAUACUUUGUUAUAUACCCUUUGUUGGCAAUGACACAGGUCAAACGUUUUCUGUAAGUCUUCACAAGGUUUUCACACACUGUUGCUGGUAUUUUGGCCCAUUCCUCCAUGCAGAUCUCCUCUAGAGCAGUGAUGUUUUGGGGCUGUCGCUGGGCAAAACUGACUUUCAACUCCCUCCAAAGAUUUUCUAUGGGGUUGAGAUCUGGAGACUGGCUAGGCCACUCCAGGACCUUGAAAUGCUUCUUACGAAGCCACUCCUUCGUUGCCCGGGCGGUGUAUUUGGGAUCAUUGUCAUGCUGAAAGACCCAGCCACGUUUCAUCUUCAAUGCCCUUGCUGAUGGAAGGAGGUUUUCACUCAAAAUCUCACGAUACAUGGCCCCAUUCAUUCUUUCCUUUACACGGAUCAGUCGUCCUGGUCCCUUUGCAGAAAAACAGCCCCAAAGCAUGAUGUUUCCACCCCCAUGCUUCACAGUAGGUAUGGUGUUCUUUGGAUGCAACUCAGCAUUCUUUGUCCUCCAAACACGAAGAGUUGAGUUUUUACCAAAAAGUUAUAUUUUGGUUUCAUCUGACCAUAUGACAUUCUCCCAAUCUUCUUCUGGAUCAUCCAAAUGCACUCUAGCAAACUUCAGACGGGCCUGGACAUGUACUGGCUUAAGCAGGGGGACACGUCUUGCACUGCAGGAUUUGAGUCCCUGGCGGCGUAGUGUGUUACUGAUGGUAGGCUUUGUUACUUUGGUCCCAGCUCUCUGCAGGUCAUUCACUAGGUCCCCCCGUGUGGUUCUGGGAUUUUUGCUCACCGUUCUUGUGAUCAUUUUGACCCCACGGGGUGAGAUCUUGCGUGGAGCCCCAGAUCGAGGGAGAUUAUCAGUGGUCUUGUAUGUCUUCCAUUUCCUAAUAAUUGCUCCCACAGUUGAUUUCUUCAAACCAAGCUGCUUACCUAUUGCAGAUUCAGUCUUCCCAGCCUGGUGCAGGUCUACAAUUUUGUUUCUGGUGUCCUUUGACAGCUCUUUGGUCUUGGCCAUAGUGGAGUUUGGAGUGUGAGUGUUUGAGGUUGUGGACAGGUGUCUUUUAUACUGAUAACAAGUUCAAACAGGUGCCAUUAAUACAGGUAACGAGGGGAGGACAGAGGAGCCUCUUAAAGAAGAAGUUACAGGUCUGUGAGAGCCAGAAAUCUUGCUAUGUUUGUAGGUGACCAAAUACUUAUUUUCCACCAUAAUUUGCAAAUAAAUUCAUAAAAAAUCCUACAAUGUGAUUUACUGGAUUUAUUUUCCUCAAUUUGUCUGUCAUAGUUGACGUGUACCUAUGAUGAAAAUUACAGGCCUCUCUCAUCUUUUUAAGUGGGAGAACUUGCACAAUUGGUGGCUGACUAAAUACUUUUUCCCCCCACUGUAUAUCCAAGGAUAUGUUGAACUGCAAGGCUGCACCCUAGUUCUAGAGCUGCCAGUUUGCUGUGAGCCUUCGCUUUACCCACCGGCUGGUCCCCCACCCCUUUAAAACCUUACCCACCGGCUGGUCCCCCACCCCUUUAAAACCUUACCCACCGGCUGGUCCCCCACCCCUUUAAAACCGUACCCACCGGCUGGUCCCCCAUUCCUCUAAAACCUUAUUCACCAGCUGGAACCCCACUCCUCUAAAACAUUUUACAUUUUAGUCAUUUAGCAGACGCUCUUAUCCAGAGUGACUUACAGGAGCAAUUAGGGUUAAGUGCCUUGCUCAAGGGCACAUCGACAGAUUUUUCACCUAGUCGGCUCGGGGAUUAGAACCAGCGACCUUUCGGUUACUGGCACAAUGCUCUUAACAACUAAAACCUUACCCACCGGCUGGUCCCCCACACCUCUAAAGCCUUAUCCACCGGCUGGCCUCGCCUUACCCACCAACUGGUCCCCCACCCCUCUAAUGCGCCUGUGAUGCGGCUGGAUCUCUGAUGGCCUUGAAAUCACAGAGCGCUGUGUUGGACUGGAAUGCAGCCACACAAUAAUGGGGCUGACUGAUGAGCUGGCUCACGGGCUGGCUGGCUGGCAGACUAAUUGGCAGAUUGGCUGGCUGACUGGCUGGUUUGCUGGCUGGCUGGCUGGCUGGCUGGCUGGCUGGCUGGCUGGCUGGCUGGCUGGCUGGCUGACACCAGAUGGAAUGUGUGCUACGUGCCAAAGCAAAGUUUUAAAACACUACUACACACCAGAUGUGUUUAGUAUAUUUGGUAAAUCCUAAUGGAAGGGAGAGUGUGUGUGUGUUUUGUGUGUAUUAUGGGAUGUAUGGAGUGAGUCAGUGUUUUACUUCUUGACAGUCACGAGUUCAUGUUUAAUCAUUUUAUUAUCGUGUCCUCCUGGACCAGUCCUGAGGUUUAUCAACAGAACGUUACGUAAUACAAGGGCCUGUUAGUGAACAUACACAUUCCAGGCUCUUUACGCUAUGUCACUAUCCUUAGCCCUCCAGAUUCUAGUCUCCCUCUUUCUUUUGCUCUCUCUUUUACUCACUCACUCACACACACACACACACACACACACACACACACACACACACACACACACACACACACACACACACCAGUUUUAUAUGUAUUACUAACUCUGUAGCUGGAUAAUAAUGUAGUAGAUAUGUUGUGUAGUUAGCCUCUGCUGCCCUCUGAUGGUGAGUAACAUACACUGCAUCCCCACCCUUCAUCCCCAGGCCAGACCCUGGGAAUAAUGUCACACUGUUAUAAUCAUUGAAAUACAAUCUCAUUCUAGUUGUGGUCAUACAUGACCCUGAGCGUGCUGUCACAAUGCUUACUGUAGUAUUACAGAAUAUUAAAAUCUGUCUAACUCUACCUCAGGCCAGCCAUGUAGAGACUGAGCAGGCACUGCAGAGGAGGCUGGAGGAGGUCAGUGAGGAGUUGAGGAGUUCACAGAGCACCCUGGAGAAAGCCCAGCAGGACGCUGCCACCCUCACAGGUAAGACAUUAUUCACGUUUCGGCCUUGUUUGUUCAAAUUCCAGUGGACAAACUUGGUAUGAAGUGAAAAUGCUCCAUUGAAGUCAAAAGUAAAACUUUCCUCAAAUUCAACCUUUCAAUUUAACCCUCGGAUGUUUAAUAAACCGACCAAAAGAAGAAAUCACGUUAUUUGACUGCCAACCUUAACCAAUGUUACUUUAUUCUUCUAAAUUGCAGUGAAUAAGGUCUAUUGAUUGAACAGCGUUAAUAGUUUGUAGUGAGUGUUGUCUGCCAUCCCUCCAGACCUCCAGGUCCAUCUAGGCAGUGUAGAGGCUGGUCUGAAGGAGCGUAGUGCCCAGGUGGAGGCCCUCACAGCCCAGCUAGAGCAGACCGAGCUGGAGAAGGGACAAUUGGAGGAUCAGGUAGACUCCAUCAAUGUACUGCUGGAGGCCAGCCACAACAGAGACGAGGACACGGAGGUGAGUUAUCAGAUUAUAUCAGAUUAUAUUAUGUUAGGGUAGCACUUGCACACUCUGCGUGAGCCAGUGCUUACUAGUGCCAGAGAGGUUGAAAACAGAGAGACUCAAACCGCCAUUACUUUCUGUAAACACCCAUGAUGAAGAUUCAGAGCACUGUCAAUGGCAAAUUUGUUCACAAAGUAUUUGCAGGAGGUAAUCACAAAUUGAGUGUCUGUUUCAAACCUCUCUGGUGCUAGUGAGCAUUGGCUUGUCCGGAGAUAACCAUGCUAUAUAACCAUGCUAUCGAUGGUUCUUUUGGGUCCACUUCUGAAUUCAUGUGUAUUUAUGUUUUACAGGAUAACUCCACUGAGUUGGAACAGCUAAAGAGCAGGUAUGUUUUUGAUCAUCUGUCCCUCAUAAUUCUCUUUAUAGAUGUGGAGUUGGUCUUUUCUCAACAACACCAAUCAUUUAUCUUCCAGUCUUCAGGACAGAGAGAGUCAGUUGGCGUCACUCCAACAGGAGCUGAAGCAGCUCCAAGAAAUGAAACAGGAGGCUACUGUAAGUCCUGUAAGUAUCUCAACUCUGUCAGAAGUCGCUGUUCUGUUUUCAUUGUGCUAGCUAAUUGGAUGGCCAUUAACUUUGGCUAACUGAAUCAGUUAUUUCCUUUAUUGAUUCCCUAACUGAAUCAGUUAUUUCUAAAAUAAAUCCUAACUGAAUCAGUUAUUUCCUUUAUUGAUUCCCUAACUGAAUCAGUUAUUUCUCUAUUGAUUAAAGAACUGAAUCAGUUAUUUCUCUAUUGAUUUCCUAACUGAAUCAGUUAUUUCCUUUAUUGAUUCCCUAACUGAAUCAGUUAUUUCUCUAUUGAUUUCAGAACUGAAUCAGUUAUUUCUCUAUUGAUUUCCUAACUGAAUCAGUUAUUUCUCUAUUGAUUUCCUAACUGAAUCAGUUAUUUCCUUUAUUGAUUUCCUAACUGAAUCAGUUAUUUCCUUUAUUCAUUUCAUAACUGAACCAGUUAUUUCUAACUGGUUUCCUAGGUGAUUCAAAUAUGUAUAUUUACUGUAUGUAUUUGGACAUUUCAAGGCAGAAUUGUAUACAUUGGGAAGAUACAUUUUGUUUCCAAAGUUUUUUUUUUGAGAGAACCAUAAUGUUGUCUUUUUAUCUUUCUAAUGAUCUUCUUACUCUGUCCCGGCAGGCGAUCACUACAGCCGAGACAGAGCGGGAACCUAACAGGUAUGUCUGGAGCAAGUCCACUGCAAUUUCAGUUUAAGUCACCCAUUUGAAGCUGAAACCAUGUCACCAACUUUGUUUAAUUCUGCUAUUAUGUACCUGAACAUCCUCGUAUGCAUCUCUCUUUAUUUCAGUCAGGAAGCAAGCCUGAUGGCAUCACUUCAGGAGGAACUGAAGCAACUCAAAGAAGAGAUGGAGCAACUUAAAAACUCUCCCGUAAGUUUCUUUGAGCUAAAAGCGGUACAUUUCUAUAUUUACACAACAGCUUUUCCAUUAUGAAUAUUGACAUGCGUUCCCUUUUUUGUCAGGCUGAUAUCUCGGAACAGCUACUCAACAGGUGAGUUAUGGUUUUAUUGAUACCUUGUUCCAGAAGAAUAUACUUACUAGAAGGGACAGAACAUUGUCUUGAAUGGGACUGUUAGUACAAGUAAUUAUAGUUCUAUGCCUUGUGCUCACUUGGAUCCCAAAAAAUAAUAAUUUUCAAAACAACUUUAUUACAACACACCAUUGUCUAAUGCUGGUUAACCAUGUGGUCCUUCAUUCCAGUCUGAAGGAGAGAGCGAGCCAGGAAGCAUCAACAGAAGAGGAAGUGAAGCAACUCAAAGAAACAUCUGAGCAGGCCCAGAGCAGCACUGCUGUAAGUGUGCCAUUCCUCUCCUACAGUUACCUUAGCCUGGUCCCAGGCCCAUUUGUGCUGUUUUGCCAAUCUUCUAUGGUCGUUUGGCGUGACAAUGACUAUAGGAGUUGGCAAGACCGCACAAACAGAUCUGGGACCAGGCUAUAGUUUCCCUGCUUGUGUAUCAACAUGAUCUGUACUACAGUAGAAUAUAGUUAUCUGAAUUCAUGCUUUAUGUUUUAGCAGUCCGACAACACAGCAGAACUGGCGGCGCUACAAACCAGGUACAAAGCCAUAUUCAUCACCAAACCCAUGGAUUUUAACUUGGUUUUUCCCUUGUGGAAUAUCAAAUCAAACUGUAUUUAAAGUUUGUUUUAGAAUCGCAACACAUUUUACAGUAAAACAAUAUAAAUUGUGAUUAAAAGCUAAAUGGAAUAUUUGAUUUUUGGCUCUUCUGUAUAAAAAGGAUACUAAAGUAAACUGUGUUUCUGGUUGUUUAUUAGUCUGGCAGAGAGGGAAGCUAUGAUGGCAUCACUACAGGAGGAGCUAAGGGAAGCCAGGGCCCAAUCGCAGAAGGUACAGGAGACCUUCGCUCAGGUCCAGCAGAGCCAGGAGUCAGAGCCGAGCACAGAGCUGCCGGUAGGACAUGAUGCACAAAUCUGACUGAGCCAUGAUAAUACACUUGAUUGGUUUGGUCUGGUCUGACAGAAGUCAUGGGGCCCGUUUUUGAAACGUUUAGAUAGAAAUAGGCUUUGUCGAACAAACAUGCCUCUCUGACAUGUAGAAUAAGGAAUCACGUCUGCUCUAUUCAUGGUGUUCUAUAUGCUACCUUCGACAAAGAUUGGCUACCGAACAUAUCCCUGGUUAUGUAGUCUAUAUUAUGUACACUGUGUUUAAUGCUGCAUGUACAUCAUUUGUCUGUUUUUACCUGUAAGCCAGAGCGCCACAGACAAAUAUCACAUUUGUAGGAAAUGUAAUGGACAUUAAUGUUUUCUCAUUGGUUCUGACUGACUGUCUGUGGUGUUUUGAUUCCAGGAGCUGUUGGAGAAACUGAAGGAGGCAGAGGACAGCCACGUGACACUGCAGGCAGAGUGUGACCAGUACAGAACGGUCUUGGCUGAAACAGUGAGUACCUACACCAAUACAACACGCUCAGUUGGUUUGUACAUCGGCAUCUCUAGAUCCCUCAAAUUCAAAUCUGGAUCUCGAAGCCAGUUCCACUGCUUUUUCAUUAUUCCCUCUAAUCAGGGACUGAUUUAGACCUGGGACACCAGGUGGGUGCAAUUAAUUCUGGUAGAACAGAAAACCAGCAGUACUCCGGACCUCGUGUAAAAUUUGAAUAACCCUGCUCUAGAUUCACUUAAAAAUGGGCCUCCAGCCUUUUUACAACAUAAGACAAUUACAUGUUUGUAAGUGAGAGACAGGUGUAGAUGGGGGAUAGAUCUACCGAAUGGAUCACCCAACACCUGCAUCUAUAAAGAUGUGAAAUUUGGGCGAGAGAGCGAGUUGUGGUCUACAAGAUUUCAUCCUGCAAAAUUUCUAAUAAAGAAAUACUCACACAAUCAUGUAUCUGUUCUCUACACAGGAAGGAAUGCUGAAGGGCCUUCAGAAGAGUGUUGAGGAGGAGGAGCUGGUGUGGAAAUCCAAGAUGGCCGACUCUGCGGACCAGUUGAAGAAGGUGAAGAAGCAGUGUUUUCUCUCCUCUCCUCCUCCCUCCCCUCCCCCCACUGUAAUAUUGUGCACUCUGUAGUGCUGUCUGUGGCCCUGCAGUGUUUCCCCUUGGAUUUUUUUCAGCAGAGGUAGGGGGGGGGGGAUUAGUGGGCAUGGCCAAUGGCGCAGUCUUCGACCCAACAUUUUAAAGGCCCUCCUCUUGGCCGCAGAGACAACAUGUUGCUGUUUUAAAGCGAAUUUCCUGCAAUUCUACACAUUUUGCCAUGGCUUAUGCUGUGUUCUUAUGCUAUCUUAGAUUCUCUCCGUCUAGUUUUUAUUGGUGAAUGUUAAUUAUCAAAGAUGAUCUUAUAAAAAAAUAUAUAGCUCCAUUAUCUUCUCUACAUACAUUAUAGCUGGUUUUAGUCGUUUAAGUUUACACUGAAAACAUUUACCAUCCUGAAAAUUACCACAAAUAUAUUUUCAAAAGCGGCCCACCGCUGCUCAAUGAAUAUAGGGGAAACACUGCCAUGUUCUAAACCAAACCCUCUCUAUUCACACUAGGCCCUGGAACAAGUGCACACUCUGAAGGAGACUGUAGAGAGCUUGAAGGUAGAGAACCAAAGCAUAGAACAGGUAUAAUAAAUAUAUCCACAUUUAUAAAAUCAUUUGUUCAUUCAUUUCCACCUGAAUGGGGUUAUCAUAAUGUCAUAAUAUCAGGCUGAUUUCAACUACGGUCCAGUAGGUGUGUAGUGCUGGACUGGUACAGUCUGUACUGAAUUAUACUUUAGUAAUGGACUCCUUACCCUCUUCCUCUCCCUGCAGCUGAAGGAGCAGGUGAUGCUGUUGGAAGCCCAGUUGGAGAAACAGUCUGAGACUGCCCCGACAGAGGAGGAAAUGACACCGGUACACAUCUACAUCCAUACAGUACACCAUAGGUACACUAGCUAUACACAUCAGCAUUCAUGUAGUAGAAACAGUCAGAGACCGUCCAGAGACAGGGGAUAGAUGACACUGGUACACCGACUAGUCAAGACAUCAUCAUCCCAUACCACCAGCUGUUUUGGGCUCUUGUCUCACUGAAUCACAUGGCUGACCAAAUAAUCUAGUACAUUGCUGAGACUCUUAUUUGGGCAAUUCAGACUGCUUAUUGAGGAGCUAUUUGCUGAAGAAUGAUUGUUUUGUAUUCCUGGUUUGCAUUUCUUAAUUGUAUUUGAUGUGUGUAUCUUUGUAAUUACAGUGCUCAUUUGCAAAAGAGACCUUGGUCUCUAUGACUCCCUGUCAAAAUAAAGUUUAAGUAAAAUGGUUGUGGUCUGUCUUCUCCAGUUGAAGCAGCUACUGUCAGAGUCUCAGAGUCAGCUGGAGUCAGCCCAGAUGGAGGCCCAGAUUCACAGGGAAGAGCUGCCUACGGUAGGAGAGAGAGAAGUCUCCACAAGAAUAGUAAACAAACAAACAUUUGACCACCUGGGGACAUUUUGUUAGUCCCCACAAGGAAAAAGGCUAUUUCUAGGGGGUUUAAGGUUAGAAUUAGUGUUAGGGUUAGGGGUUAAAGGUUAGGGUUAAGGUUAUGUUUUGGGGUUAGGUUUAGGGAUUAGGGAAAAUAUGACUUUGAAUGGGAAUCAAUCCCCACAAGGUUAGUUAAACAAGCCUGUGUGUGUGCGCGCCCCUGUCUCCUGACAGGAACCGCAGUGUGCUUGCUGUCUGUUGAGGUCUACUUGGUGUGUAUCACAAUUCUCUCUCUCCCUCCCCUCUUGUCCCUAACCCUUGGAGCUUCCUUUUCCAGGUCAGAGGUCAGCUGAGCAAGGCGACGGAGUGCGCUCAGAGCCAGGAGGCAGUCUCUGAGGCCAGGACACAGAAUGGCCAAUCAAAGCCUGAGGUCAGGGUGCACCGGAGGUUAUAGGUCAUGGGGCACCCUUCACUGCCUGUCUGCUCUACUGGGGGGUACUGGACUUUCUGGAAACUGGUCACUGGACAGCAAUGGUUACCACCACCAGGGAAUAGAGAGAUAUACAAAUACUAUUGGCUGAUGUCAUGACCAUGGACAACAGCCAGAGGUUUUAAAAUGUUCUGGUAAUGGCAGCCAUCUUGGUAUGUCAUAAAUAGGGACUAACUCAUAAAUAAAAUAUCAGUAUCUCUCCUGCUGUUAAACCAUGUCUCUGUGGAGCUAGGAUCCAUUUGAUCGCAGUAGAAAAGUCCCCUGUUAUUUUACGGUCACAUUUUGAUUGAUAAAACCAUUACAACAAUAAAAAAACCAUAAGGGCAUGUAAUAAUAAUAAUAUAAUAAUAUGCCAUUUAGCAGACACUUUUAUCCAAAGCAACUUACAGUCAUGUGUGCAUACAUUUUUACGUAUGGGUGGUCACGGGGAUGGAACCCACUACCCUGGCGUUACAAGCGCCAUGCUCUACCAAUUGAGCAACAUAGCCUGUGCUUCAGACGUGGGUAGUCACUAGCUCCAGAAUGUUGCUUCCUCUGAGGCCAGACAGUGUUUGUCUAGUCUGUCCAGUCCUCUCCAUACACAGCAGCUGCUCACCAUGGUGUGUGUUUAACCAGCCAGUGUGUGUUGACUACCAGCUGCAGCUAACUAACCACAGCUUCUAUCACGCUCAUCUUAGCAUGAUCACUCACUCCUUGUGUUCAGUUUUCCACUGAUUUUAGAUUUUUCACUGAAGAGACACACUGUUUUGGACAUGACACUGCUUCUUGCCUGGUGUGGAGUGAAGUGGGCACUAACAUGACACAGGGUGGUGUGGGUGGGUGUGUGUGCGCAAGUCAAAACAUGUUUUUAAAGUGCUUUUACAUGCUUUUAUCUAUGUUUGUCUGUAGCAAGGAGGAACACAACAUCUCUAGUAUCCGGACAGAUCUUAAUCGUGUGUCUGUGUCUGUGUGUGUGUGUGUGUGUGUGUGUGUGUGUGUGUGUGUGUGUGAUGCACCAUAUACUUAUACUAUAUUUUGUGCAUCUCAAGGUCCAGUCCCAGUUCAAUCAGACCACCGAGGAGUUUGAGCAGGUACUAAACUCUCACACCCAAUACUACAAACCAAUCGGUAGCUCUUGCUAGCAAGUUUGACAUUGGCUAACAACAAAACUGCUUAGUUAGACAGCGAUUUGUCGGAUCGACUGUUUCUCUGAUUGACUGUUUUAUCUCGAUCUACCCCCCCCCCCCCCAGGCUCAGAAGACGGUUGUAGAACUCCAGGCUCAGCUGGACCUGCUGAAAGAGACAGGAGACUCCCAACAGGCCGACACAGAGGACAUAGCCCAGCUAAAGGUACCCGCAUACCCAUACCACUAAACAUGACCCUUGGCUGCGGUCAUCAGGACACAAUGUUCUGGAACUUUCAGAUACAAAUCUGUUAUGUAGAACAAACAUGCCUCUCUGACAUGUAGAAUAAAAUAAAAAUAAAUGUAUAUUCAUGACAUUUCUAACCGUAACACUGCAACGUUGGACAACGUCUGCCUACUAAAUGUGGACCAUCGGCAGUAUUCAUGAAGCAUCUCGGAGUAGGAGUGCUGAUCUAGGAUCUCUAAAUCUCUAUGGGGUGAGAUUUAUAGAGGACUCUAGUGCCCGAAAGCCUGUAUUAGCAUGGGCGCCGCCAUUGAGGACUUUUGCCAUAUUUAAGUAGUCAACUGGGUGGGACUUCCUAUGGGGUAAGGAAGGAUCACAUGAUUCCAUCCAGGUCAUCAGGAGGGAUCAGCCAAUUAAUUAUACUCUCGAGCUAACAUUCCAUAACUGUAGGUGGCAAUAAAUCACCAACCUUGGCUUUUAUACCUGUUCAAACAACACACUCCAGGUGGCAGUAUGCACCCUUAAAGUUUGUUUACCAACUCAUAGAAGUAGUAGAAGAAGAACAUUUUACUACUUCAAAAUGGAGAUGGCAUGAAUGGCGCUGCCCGUGCGCUCAGACGCCAUAAUGGGAUAUACAGUAGCCUAUACAAUGAUGCGAUCUUUAUACAUCUCUAUGGGUCACCCCUGUCCAUUCACUAUAGUCUAAAAGGCUAAACUGAUCCUAGAUCAGUACUCCUACUUAGAUACGCUUUAUGAAUACAGGCCCUGGUCAGUGCUGAAGCCAACGUGGUUGUGUGAGGCCCGAAGGCUCAGUCUGUCCGCCUGCUUCCUCAACAGGAGCGCCUGCAAAAGGAGAGAGAACUAAUCAAAGACCUUGGCCAAGCAGCCACCAAACUCCAGCAGCUCUUA